GGAUUGCAGACGCUGUCACCGAUGUGCAUCAGCAUCCAGCAAUAAUAAUAUAUGCUAUUUAUAGUGCCUUUCCUGUUGCUGAAGUACUACAAAGAAGCCAAAACGAGCGCAAUGCUCAGAAAAUCACUAUGAAUCAUGAUGCAAAUAUUUAAAAAAUAUGUUUUUCGUGAAAUUAACUUUACAUUUGGGAAGCUUAUGCAUAUACGCCAUUUGCGGGGGUGGCCUGUUAAUGACGAUCAUCGCUCUCGAUGUUCUUAAAGUAAGAUCUGAGAUCUGUUUUAAAAUGUGGGUAGUCACAGUCAUCAGAAUAAUAAAUACGCAAGUCACGUGCGGAUACCUGGGGAAAAAAAAUACUGAAGUAGCCUACAGUAAAAACCUGUUUGUACUACAUUACUUCCCCCCCGCUGAACAAGAUGGAUAAUCUAGUACAGUGUCGUUGCAAAGUACCAGUUGGCGAGCGUAACUGUUUGCUAGUCAAAUGAAAGAGAAAAGGGGAGGGGGUCUUGCCGCUCACAUUUCAUCUAUGCAACUUCCUCGUUAACCGCAUAAGCGCUUGAGAGAGCGCGUCUGAAAGGAGAACAAAAAGAGACAACGCAAAAGCGCGCCAUCAAGUAGGCUUGCCGCUGCCCAAGUAAACCCCCGGAGGAGGUCAGCGCCUGCGGAGACGACCAACAGCGGCCGCGAUGCUCCGACAGUCUCUGAGCAUUCUGAAGCAGUUUGGCUCUUCUGCAAAGUCACAAGAUGUCAGUGAGCUUCUACACUCGGACCUGGUUGUGGUGGAGCAGCGGGUGGAGCCCGCCAGGAGAGCAGCGCAGAUGCUACACAAGAAGCUGCAAGGCUGCAUGCAGAGUCAGACGGGUAUCGAUGCUGAAAAACGGAUGAAAAAGUUGCCUCUCAUGCUGCUAUCAGUCAGCAUGGCGGAAAGCUUCAAAGACUUUGACGCCGACUCGUCCAUCAGGAGGGUGUUGGAGAUGUGCUGUUUCAUGGAGAAGAAGUUGGCCAGCCUCUUGGCAGACUUUGAAAUAAGACUGGAAAAGGACGUUUUGGAACCGCUGAGUAAACUUAGUGAGGAUGAAUUACCAGAGAUUCUCAAAAACAAGAAGCUAUUUGCAAAGCUCAAUACAGACUGGAACAAUGCGCGACUCAGGAGCCAGGCCAGCACCGGUCCACAGGCCAAGCAGGACGGUCUCAAGGAGGACGAAGAAGAAGCUCUGAGGAAGUUGGAGACCAUCAAGAAUCAAUAUUCAGCAGAUCUGUAUCACUUUGCGACCAAAGAAGACGACUAUGCAAGCUACUUCAUCCGCCUUCUGGAGCUGCAAGCGGAAUACCACAAACAUUCGCACGAGUUCCUGGAUAAAAAUAUAAACGAACUCAAGGAGAACCACAGCCCGAAAGAGCCACCAGCAAACCCCUCGGGCCCAAAAGUUUUCGGGGAGUCUCUUGCUUCUCAUCUGCUUCAGAGCAACCGAGAAAUUGCAGCACCCAUUCAAGAAUGCGUUCACAUGCUGCUCAGAACCGGGAUGAGGGAGGAGGGUCUAUUUCGUCUGGCGGCGGCGGCCUCAGUGGUGAAAAGGCUCAAGGCUUGCAUGGAUCAGGGGACGGUUGAUCACGGCGAGUUCAGCAUGGACCCUCAUGCUGUGGCCGGAGCUCUGAAGUGUUACCUGCGAGAACUUCCUGAGCCUCUAAUGACCUUUGAACUCUACAACGACUGGUUCAAAGCAGCCAGCGAAAAAGACUGCACAGAGAAGCUGGAGCAGUUCCGAAUACUACUGAAGAAACUGCCACCUGAAAAUUAUAACAAUCUCAGGUACCUGGUGCAGUUCUUGUCGUUGCUGUCCGAGCAGCAGGCUGCAAACAAGAUGUCGCCCAGUAACAUUGCCAUCGUGCUGGGACCCAACCUUCUCUGGCCGCAAUCCGAGGGGGAGAUCGCCCUGGUUGAUAUGGCGACCGCAUCCUCGGUGCAGGUGGUGACGGUUAUCGAGCCUCUGAUUCAAUACAGCUCCGCGCUCUUCCCUGGAGAGGUGUCCUUUGAGAUUCCGGAGCUUCCCAACAUGCAAGACGACCAGUCCAUGAUCUCAGAACAAACGCCAUUGUGCAGAAGGUUCUCCGCUCCCUCCGCAGCCUCGUCCUCUUCAACUUAUCUUCUCCCUUGCUCGAAGACAAACAGCAUGCCCUCUCAGGACGGCAUCGGCGUCUCCUCUGAAAAGUUUACGAGACACCAAGCGUGGGCUGCUUCCUCACCCAAGUCUGCAACCGCAAUCCAAAAAGACACGACGUUAUCCGCCGGCUCAGCCCCCACAAGACCAAACUUGUUGCCAAACCAGAACCUAACUUCACAUCAAAGAAUCACCGGGUCCCACCCAGGACAGAGCAGGGACCCCACACAGAAGCCUUGCUUGGAUCAAUUGGAGCCCAUUUCGGAGGCCCAGCCUAUCUCACCAAAAGGAGUUGUGAUGAUGGCCACGCCGAAACCAAAGAGGAGCAUCAGUGUGAGAAAAGCCAACGAAGCUGACGAGCCGUUCUCCGUUCACUACCGCAAGCCCAAAGCGCCGGUGCCGCCAAAGCCUCGGGCUUCUAUGGCUCCCCCCGCGACAGUCGGGACACAGGUGACUCAUCCGCCACCCCCACCUCAGCCGGUUGGUCUUAAAAAGCCGCCCGUUAAAAAGUCUGGACUGAAAGCUCCCAGUUGCCCUCCGCCGCUCCCCCCUGCGUUACAGUCCAAAGAGGCUCCCUCCAUAGCACAGUAAGAGGAGAGCCACACUAUAUGGACUUAAACCAUCUUAAUUUUUCUGCAGUUCUUUAUUUUCCGGAGAGCGAUCUAAGAUAAUAACGUCACUCCUACGCAUCUUUAUUUCCAAUUCAUAUCAUUGUAGUGUGUCAUAAAGUAUAAGGUUGGACCGCUGUAUGUUCUGAAGGUGCUUAUGAGUACACGUUUAUUGGGCUGAUAUUUUCAUGUACAUUUGUAGGCCUUGACAUUACAAUGCGUCUGUUCGAAACAUAGUUCCUCGUUUAGAGGUGCACAGAGUUGAUACAAAAAGUCUGCAGCAUUAAAGGAACAAUUACAUAGUA